AUUAGCCUGAGCGAGGAGAUGCAGCUCCCUUCUCUUCAGUAGUGGGUUGAGACAAGCUGGCCCUCUCUGAGCUAAGGGCUUGCAACCCCACGGUCAGGACUCUACCCUUCCGGGAGCAAAUCCAUCUUCCACAUACCAGCUAAGCAUGUUUAACUACGAACGCCCAAAACACUUCAUUCAGUCCCAAAAUCCAUGCGGCUCCAGACUGCAGCCUCCAGGACCCGAAGCCUCCAGCUUCCCUAGCCAGACCAAACAGUCUUCCAUCGUCAUCCAGCCUCGCCAGUGCACGGAGCAGAGGUUUUCUGCCUCCUCCACAGUGAGCUCUCACAUCACCGUGUCUUCCUCUGCUUACCCUGCUUCCCAGCAGUUUGCUGGCCCCAACCCAGGCCAAAAGGUUUCUGCUGCCUAUAACCAGUCCCCAGCCAGCUUCCUCAGCUCUAUAUUACCGUCUCAACCUGAUUACAGUAACAGUAAAAUCCCGUCCGCCGUGGACUCCAACUAUCAACAACCCUCAGUUAGCCAACCUGUGAAUGCCAUGCCAUCCCAAACUACAAAUGCUAAGCCUACUCCAAGGACUCCUGACCAUGAAAUCCAAGGAUCAAAAGAAGCAUUGAUUCAAGAUUUGGAGAGAAAGCUGAAAUGCAAGGACACCCUUCUUCAUAAUGGAAAUCAAAGACUGACCUAUGAGGAGAAGAUGGCUCGAAGGUUGUUAGGACCGCAGAAUGCUGCUGCUGUGUUUCAGGCUCAAAACAGUGAUGUUCAAGAUUCUCCACAGCAUAACCCGGAACAUUCACGGCUCCAAGUUCCCACAUCACAAGUAAGAAGUAGAUCAUCCUCCAGAGCAGAGGCCAACGAUCAGGAUGCCAUCCAGGAGAAGUUUUACCCGCCCCGCUUCAUUCAAGUGCCAGAAAACAUGUCUAUCGAAGAGGGAAGGUUCUGCAGAAUGGACUUCAAAGUGAGUGGGCUGCCAGCCCCUGAUGUGUCAUGGUAUCUAGAUGGGAGACCGGUGCAGUCAGAUGAACUGCACAAAAUGAUAGUGUCUGAGAAGGGUUUUCACUCCCUCAUCUUUGAAGUGGUCAGAGCAUCAGAUGCAGGUUCAUAUGCAUGCGUGGCCAGGAACAGAGCUGGAGAAGCCACCUUCACAGUGAAACUGGAUGUCCUGGCAAAAGAACAUAAAAGAGCACCAAUGUUUAUCUACAAGCCACAGAGUAAAAAAGUCUUUGAAGGAGAUUCAGUGAAGCUAGAAUGCCAGAUCUCAGCUAUUCCUCCACCAAAGCUUUUCUGGAAAAGAAACAAUGAAAUGGUCCAAUUCAACACUGAUCGGAUAAGCUUAUAUCAAGAUAAUGCCGGAAGAGUAACUCUGCUGAUAAAAGAUGUAAACAAGAAGGACGCUGGGUGGUAUACAGUGUCAGCAGUCAAUGAGGCUGGCGUGGCCGCAUGUAACACGAGAUUAGAUGUCACAGCCCGUCCAAACCAAACGCUCCCAGCUCCCAAGCAGCUGCGUGUUCGACCAACUUUCAGCAAAUAUUUAGCACUAAAUGGGAAAGGUUUGGAUGUGAAGCAAGCUUUUAACCCUGAAGGAGAGUUUCAGCGCCUGGCAGCUCAGUCUGGACUCUAUGAAAGUGAAGAACUUUGAUCAUUUUGCCCACUGUGGAAAGCACAACUUCACUACUACCAAGAUAUCUGAUGACAUUGUGAGAAAAAAAAAAUCCAUGGCUGUAUUAACAGAUUGUGGCUUUACUUAGGUCCUAUAACUAACGCACACGUAGAAAGAUAUUUAUCCUCCGACUCCGGCGCAGCCUGUCUCCUCCUCUGACCUGUGAAGCAGAGUGAAACUGAGCGUAUGGGUUUGCAUUAUAAGAGACUGUCCCAAGAUCCAGUGUCUAAACGUUAAGCCAUGCACAUUUAUACAACCACCAGUUGUGAACCAGAAACAUUUUAAAUACCGCUAAUGCUUGCAGUAAUGUUUGUGGGUGCUGCCUAAUGUGCAAAAUGCCUACCUGUUUUCUCUCAUAGGAAUACUAACAAGGUAUGAGUUAUCUAUCUGAGUGUUCCACAAGUUCAUGUCAAAGGGAGAAUAAAAUUCGAAUA